AUGUCUUCCAGUAAUGACCAGGAUUAUAUCCCAUUUUUACAAAGAAACAACAAUGACCUCCCUGAGAUGACCUCCAGUGACCUGAAGACAUUUUCUGAAGGGGCUGUGUUAAGUUUCCAUAACAUCUGCUAUUGGGAAAAAGUGAAGAGUGGCUUUCUAUUUUGUAGGAAAUCAGUUGAGAAAAAAUUUAUUAUAAACAUUAAUGGAAUCAUGAAACCUGGUCUCAAUGCUAUUCUGGCACACCAAAGUCGAGGGAAAUCUUUGUUGCUAAAUAUCUUAGCUGCAAGGAAAGAUGCAUCUGGAUUAUCUGGAGAUGUUUUGAUCAAUGGAGCACCUCAAUCUGAUAAUUUCAAAUGUAAUUUGGGUUAUGUAGUUCAGGAUGAUAUUGUGAUGGCCACCCUGACAGUGAAAGAAAACUUACAGUUCUCAGUGGCUCCUCGGCUUCUAACAGCUAUGACAAAUCAUGAAAAAAAUUAUAAGAUCAACAAAGUCAUUGAAGAUUUAAACCUGGAUAAAGUAGCAGAUUCCAAGGUUUUAUCUAGGGGAGAAAGAAAAAGGACCAGGAUAGCAAUGGAGCUGAUCACAGAUCCUCCCAUCUUGUUCUUGGAUAAACCAACAAUUGGUUUAGAGUUGAUCACUACAAAUGCUGUUAUUUUGCUCCGGAAAAGGAUUUCUCAGCAGGGACGAAUGGUUAUCUUCUCUAUUCAUAGACCUCACUAUUUCAUCUUCAAGCUGUUUGACAGCCUCGCCAUCUUGGCUUCAGGAAAAUUAAUGUACCAUGGUCCUGCACAGAAGGCUUUGGAAUACUUCUCAUCAGUAGGUUAUUCCUGUGAGCCCCACAAUAACCCUGCUGACUUAUUCCUGGACGUCAUUUACGGAAAUUCCUCUGCUGUGGUAUUAAACAGAGAGGAAGAAGACCAUGAAGAUAUCCACAAUGAAGAACUUCCUAAGAGAGAAAAAACAGUCACAAAAACAUUAGCUGAGUUUUAUUCUAACUCCUCCUUGUACAAAGACACAAAAGCUGAAUUAGAAGAACCCUCACGUGGUCUUAAGAAGAGGAGACCAGCCUUCAUGGAAACCACCUAUGUCACCUCCUUCUGUCACCAACUCAGAUGGAUUUCCUGGCAUUCAUUCAAAAACUUGCUGCCUAAUUACAGGACCUCUAUAUAG